GGAGCCGCCGCCGCCCGGGGCUGCCUGGGCGAGGCCGCGCCGCGCCCGCCCGCCCGCUCCUCGGCCGCCGCUCGGGGGCACGGGGGGCUGCCCUCCGGACGGCCCGCGGGCGGGCCCCGCGGCGCAAACCUCGCGGAUCAGGGGUCCCGCCGGUGGGCGCACGGAGGAGGCGCCCCGGGUGCCGGCCCGGCAGCGGCCGCGCUCUCCGGCCGCCCGGCGGCACGGGGGUCCCGACGGGUCUGGGCACUCACUUUGCUUUCCUUCUCUCCGGCACGGACACGCCGGUCGGGACUCCGUGCAGGGAAAUUUGGAGAGCGACCUCAACCAAAACGGCUCACAAGGGAAGCAAUGCGGAAUUACCUGAAGGAGCGAGGUGACCAAACGGUGCUAAUACUCCAUGCGAAAGUUGCGCAGAAAUCAUACGGAAAUGAAAAAAGGUUCUUUUGUCCUCCUCCGUGUGUGUAUCUCAUGGGCAGUGGAUGGAAGAAAAAAAAAGAGCAAAUGGAGCGGGAUGGUUGCACUGAGCAGGAGUCACAACCUUGCGCCUUUAUUGGGAUAGGAAACAGUGACCAAGAAAUGCAGCAGCUUAACUUGGAAGGAAAGAAUUAUUGCACUGCCAAAACAUUAUACAUAUCAGACUCAGACAAGAGAAAGCACUUCAUGUUAUCAGUAAAAAUGUUCUAUGGCAAUAGUGAUGACAUCGGUGUGUUCCUCAGUAAAAGGAUCAAAGUCAUCUCCAAACCUUCUAAAAAGAAGCAGUCACUGAAAAAUGCAGACUUAUGCAUUGCAUCAGGGACAAAAGUGGCACUAUUUAAUAGACUUCGAUCACAAACAGUUAGCACCAGAUAUUUGCACGUAGAAGGUGGUAAUUUCCAUGCCAGUUCACAGCAGUGGGGAGCGUUUUACAUUCACCUCUUGGAUGAUGAUGAAUCAGAAGGAGAAGAAUUCACAGUGAGAGAUGGCUACAUUCAUUAUGGGCAGACUGUCAAACUCGUAUGCUCAGUUACUGGCAUGGCACUCCCGAGACUGAUAAUUCGAAAAGUAGAUAAACAAACGGCAUUACUGGAUGCAGAUGAUCCAGUAUCACAGCUCCAUAAAUGUGCAUUUUACCUUAAAGACACUGAGAGAAUGUAUUUGUGCCUUUCCCAGGAGAGAAUAAUCCAAUUUCAAGCCACUCCAUGCCCAAAAGAACCAAAUAAAGAAAUGAUUAAUGAUGGAGCUUCUUGGACAAUCAUUAGCACAGACAAAGCAGAAUACACAUUUUAUGAGGGGAUGGGUCCGGUCCAUGCUCCAGUGACACCUGUGCCUGUUGUAGAAAGUCUUCAAUUGAAUGGUGGUGGGGAUGUAGCAAUGUUGGAACUUACAGGACAGAACUUCACUCCAAAUUUACGUGUCUGGUUUGGGGAUGUGGAAGCUGAAACCAUGUACAGGUGUGCAGAGAGCAUGCUUUGUGUUGUUCCAGACAUUUCUGCAUUUCGAGAGGGUUGGAGGUGGGUCCGACAGCCAGUCCAGGUUCCAGUAACUUUGGUCCGUAACGAUGGCAUCAUUUAUUCCACCAGCCUUACCUUUACAUACACACCGGAACCAGGGCCACGGCCACACUGCAGCGCUGCUGGAGCAAUCCUCAGAGCCAACUCAAGCCUCAUGGCUUCCAGUGAAACAAACACAAACAGUGAGGGAAGUUACACAAGCGUCAGCACAAACCCCACCAAUGUCACAUCAUCUACAGCAACCGUAGUUUCCUAACUACUGUUGUUUGUCUGGACUUUAAUUGACUUUUCGUGCUACAUUCAAGAGAACUGAACAAUUUUUGUGGUUUCAUGGGAAAACACUUUUCCAUUUUAGGUGAUAUGAUUUGAACCUUGUUAUCUGCAAGUGCUGAUCUUAAAAACAGAAGCCACAAUAAAAAAAAAGAAAAAAACCAACAUCCGAAACAUAAGAACUUUAUUGAAAAUCUAUUUUUCAGCUGUGUUUUUUUUUAGUGGGCAAGAAACAAAAAUGUGGCUGGGAUACAUGUUGAGCAAACUAAAAAACAUGAACACAACAUAGUUUUUAUGGACCAAGGAACUUGUAUAAGCUUUAGUAUAAAAGGUACAUUUUCACCAUACCUUUUUUGUAUCACAACAUAUAGUACACUUUUGUUACCAAAUAGUUUAUAUUUUUUUUUCCUCUGAGCUUUGCUCUGAAGUAUAUUCAGGUUCCAAGCCUGACCAUGCUUGUAUAAUCUAAUUACCAUACUCUUCCAGUUUUAAAAAAAAAUAUAUAUAUUUUUGGUCUGUG